AUGGAUAAAGAAGUUCUUGAAGUAGCACUGAAGAGGUUCGCCAGAGAAACUAAAGUUGCAUCAGUUAUCGACGUGGAAGCGAUAGCGGCACUACCAAAAGGAGAGAACUAUACUUCGACCAUCCUGAGGGUAACAGCGAAAGUAGUCUUGAGCAACGGAAGACUGGCCAAGAAGUCCUUCAUCAUGAAGCAGCUCCUUACUAUUGGGGGAGCAGGUGAUUGGCUAGAGCAGAACAACGUCGCAAAAUCAGAGAACCAUAUAUAUUCCGUAAUACAUAAACAUAUGACCUAUCUAAUGGAGGAAUUCGAAGAUACAGAUGAACCACUUUGGUGUAACAUCAUUCAUUAUGAUCCAGGCUCGCUCAUGAUUCUAUUAGAAGACCUAAAGAUAAAGGGGUACAGCGUGGUUCCUCGACAGAACGGUAUGGAUAUGGACCAUGCCAUUCUAUCCCUGAGGGGACUGGGAAGGUACCACGGGAUGGCGAAGGUACUCGAAGAGCGGGGGAUCAUUUCGAAAGAUGACUACAAGCCCAAUAGCGUACUAACCGACGACGAAGUCAUCAAAUGUUACCUUCAUGGAGGUCUUCUGAAUACCUCAAGAGUUAUCCAGAAGUACUGGGGCUCUGAUUGGGAAGAAAUAGGAAAGAAGCUGAACAUAUCAUAUGAAGAAUUUUAUGAAAAGUACACGAAUUCAGGAAAAUGUAAAGACUCAGAAUUCAGUUGCCUCAUCCACGGUGACUGCUGGUCAAACAAUAUGAUGUUUAAGUACGACUUUCAGAAGAGGCCAAUAGCUGUGAAAUUCCUCGACUACCAGUUUCCCAAUUACAACUCGCCCUGUGUAGACGUUACGAACUUCAUGUACUUGAGCAUUCGACCUGCGGUUCGACGAGAGAAUUAUAAUUUCCUGUUGAAGACUUAUCACGACUCCUUGGUCAGAUCUUUGGACAAGUUCGGUUACAGUGGCAAAAAGCCCACUCUUGAGGAUAUAACCGCUUCAAUGAAACACCUCGAGUUCUUCGGACUCUCAAUUUUCGCUAGCAUCUACGCAGGUCUCAGUGGUGAAUCGACAACAGCUUUUGAUUCGGAAAAGCUACUAAAAACUGAGGGUGCAGAAGGAUUCGACGAGGAGACCCUCAUGGAACCGGGAAUCAUAGAAAAGAUUGGACCAGACCUAAUCGACUUAGUGGAAAAAUAUCUGAAAAAUCUUUGA